AGUCCGCCAUUUUUUAUUACCGCGGUUCUCUCUCCGGUCGCGUUUAGCUUUUCAUUUUCAUACCGUACGAGGCGUCGUUCACUGUGUGGCUUCUUUUCCGAGUUUAUUCCGGACGGAAAACGCAAAAUUCGGCCACGAUUCGCAUCGGUUCGCUUGCGGGAACCGACCAGAAGUGACGAUUAGUCGAUCGACCGGUGAAAAAAGGUGAAAGUGUUGCGGCCGAAGCCGCAGAAACAACUUGAAAUCGGCCCGAGCCCGAGUGUGAUUGGAUUGAUUCGAAAAAGCGGCGAACAACCACGGACAGGAUUUUUUCGCGCGGCCUCCUCUUCCGGGCCCAGUGACUGAAGUCGGUGUUUUCUUAUCGUUCUUCGUUCUGCUGUUGGACGAUCGUGCGAAACGGAGGGACUACUGCUGCUGGUGGCAGGCAGGUCGUGUUAUCAGCUCGUGCAAAAUUUAGAAGGCGUCAGCAAAUUUUGAGGCUUUGAAGCGCGUCACCCGGAAAAAUGACCGACGGCAAAGGUUACGCUGUUAAUGAUCUCGUCUGGGCCAAGAUGAAAGGCUUCUCGCCCUGGCCAGGCCGUAUCUCGGAGCCCCCGGCAGAGCUUCGACGAGUCACCGUCAAGAAAAACAUUCCCGUUCAAUGUAUUUUCUUCUUUGGAUCUAACAACUAUGCGUGGAUCGAAGAGACACAAAUCAAGUCAUACCACGAGUUCAAAGAGCAACUGAUCGCCUCGUGUAAAUCGGCCGCCUUGAAGGAGGCCGUCCAGCAGAUUGAAGAGUUUAUUGCCGCUCCGGAAAAGUUCCAGCAUCUGUUCGCCUCGGAGCAGGACAACCGUCCCGAUCCGGACGUGGAGUUCAACAAACUGCGCGAAGGAGCCAACGACAGCGGCAGCGAGGAAACAACCGUGAACAACACAUCGACCCCGGCAGCACUGGAGACGGUCAAAUCGACGCCGGCCAAGAAAUCCGCAGCGAAAAAGAAAGUACGUGCUUCACUGCCCAUCAAGUUCAAUGUCGAUAAGGCUGCUUCGACAACCAAAGCCCGUGCGAUAGGGAACAAAGCGAAAGCGGCGGCGUCCUUGGAUGAUACCUCUUCGCCCAAACGCAAGCGAAAAAUCCUCAACGACACCGCCGGCGAUCUGGAUCUGGACACCUUCUCCCCGGUGCGUCGCAACGUACCUGUUUCGCAUCUGUUGAACCGACCGGUAACGGUGGCCCGGCCGGCAACGCCAGAAAUCGACAUGUCCAGCGUUUCGAACGCGCUCCAGUCACGCAACAUCCAGGCCUCGAAUCUGAAGUUCGGCUUCCUCGGGCUCGGCAUCAUGGGCUGCGGAAUGGUCAAGAAUCUACUGAACUCGGGCCACUCGGUAGUGGUUUGGAACCGAACGGCCACCAAGUGCCGAAAGUUCCAGGAGGCCGGCGCCGAAGUCGCCGACACCCCAUCGGACGUGAUCGAAAUGACGGAUGUGACGUUCUCGUGCGUUGCCGAUCCCCAGGUUGCCAAAGAGUUGGUAUUCGGAAAUUGCGGUGUCAUGUCGGCCAAUCUGGUCGGCAAGGGAUACGUCGAGAUGACCGGAGUCGAUCCGGAAACGUCACAGGACAUUGCAGAGCAAAUUAUCGCCAAAGGUGGGCGAUAUCUGGAAGCACAAAUUCAAGGAUCCAAGAACCAAGCGGAGGAAGGCACACUGAUCAUUCUGGCCGCCGGCGAGCGGUUGCUGUUCGAGGAGUGCCAAACCUGCUUCGAGGCCAUCUCGCGCAACUCGUUCUACAUGGGCGACGUGGGCAAUGCCACCAAGAUGAAUCUGGUCCUGCAGAUGAUUUCCGGCGUGAUGCUUGCCGGACUGGCCGAAGGGCUUGCGUUGGCUGAUCGAGCGGGACUUCAACAGAAGGACGUCCUAGAAGUGCUGGAACUGACAAGCAUGUCGUCAGAAAUGGUUAUGCAGAAGGGAAAUGCAAUCAUCAAGGGCGAAUUCCCGACCCACCAGCCGCUGAAGCACAUGCAGAAGGACCUCAAGCUGGCGCUGAACAUGGCGGAGGGUCUGGAACAGCCGGUGCCCAUCACGGCCGCAUCGAACGAGGUGUACAAGCAUGCGAAGCGCCUCGGCUACGGUUCUCACGAUGCCAGUGCAGUUUAUGUGCGAGCGCGGUUUUAACAGCGACUCGGUCGUCCAGCGGAAGACCGUUAACCUCGGCGAUGUGAGCUUGAACUAUUGCGAGGGGGACAAAAAAAGGGGGGGGGGGGGGACACUAACUACAGACGGUAGAAAGGAUUAUUUUUAGUAGCUAUUUUUUGUUUUCUUUUAGUAGCAAAAACGAAUCCCGUUUUAAGAGAGGUUUAACGUGACUUCGCGACGUUUGCUAGUAGUAGUUUAUGGUGAAUAAGCAAAAAUCUGGUAAGUUAUAUUUUACCUGUUUAACAGUAAGACUACAAUUUCGGAAAAUAAAUUCUCCGGCAAAACAUCUUUUUCGGUUUAUGUGCAUUCCCAUGGGAAACAGUCUCUACCCCAUUUGGCAUAAAAACGGUUCAUGCAUAAAUUGACCAUAAUAUCCAAAUUAUUACAGGGUAUUUACAAUCUUGAAAAACUUGAAUCAGGGAAUUCCAUUUCCCAUGAAGUCCCCUUUUUGAAAAAUUGUCGUUUUUCUAAAUGUCCGUUUUAAAUCCUACAAUAAAUUCUGCCAGAAUUUCUUCGAUACUUUUCGGAAGCUGUAUUUCUUCAAAGUUUGACCAGAAAUUCUUCUGGUAAAAUCCACAGAAUUUUUUUCAUGGGUUCCCACAUUUAAAAUUCUAAACGCCUUUUGAAAAUAAUUUUGAUCAAGUUGAUUUGAAAUUAUCACAGACUAAGAAAAAUCAGGCAAAGUACAGCUUGAAUUACAACCAACUUCGUUAUAUCAAGCAACUCGAGCUCGUUUGGCAUAGUGCCGUUUGGCAUAACAAUAAUCAUGCUUCUUCUUUUACAUUUGGAGAUUGUUCUUCAAAGGUUGUUUUGCCAAAUAGGGUAGAUUCGUGAAAAAUAUGUGCUACUUCUCACAACAAUAUGGAAUCAAAAACUUAAUUUUUCAUCGCAAACAAAAAUUGAGCUUAAUCGAUUUCGAUUAGAAAUUGCUGGAAUGAUUUUGGGAACUAAAAAUUUGGCACAACUAUUGUACUUUGGAGGGGAUAUGUAUUCGGUAUUACAUAGUUUCGAAAAAGGUCUGUUCAUUCCUGCUUCAGAAUGAUUCGCUCGUUUCAAGUGUGACUGUGUUGCCAGAUUUUCAGAAUCCAAGCCAUAGUAAAAAUACAUUCGAGUAUUCAAAUCAAAAUGGCCAUAUCGUUGUGAAAAGAAGUAUAAACUCGGCACCUAAAAAAUCAAAUGGCACACGUGUUAUUGUACUAUUGUUUUCUCAAAAAAAAAUGCAACAAAACGUGAAAAUUAAGUGCAAACCUCGAUUUCUUUCAGUUCACAAAAGGAAACAAGUCGUCUCUAUUGAAACAAAACGAAAAGAAGUAACCUUUUGCCUAUAUUAUAGUUUUACCUUGUAAGUUUUAUUAAAAAUUAAGAUGCACGCAGAAAAAAAAAUGCUGAAGGUGGUUCAUAAUUUCCCGUUCCGUCGUUGAUUUAUUUCUAAUUGAUUGAUUUAAUAACAAAAAAAAACAGAUACAUUGAGGAGGAUUGGAUGUAUUUCGGAAGGAGAGGGUACUAAACUGAAUCGGAUCCUGUUGGGAUUUGAAAUCGUGUAUGGAAAUAGGGUGUCACUAAAGUGAAAACUGACGGAAAAGCGGUCGUGCGCGCGUUACGCACUGGAAAAACGAACAGCAGAUACCUAUAUUUUAUUUUUCUCAUAAUUUUCGAAAGCUUUUCCAAAAACAUCAAUACCAGACAGAACAUUCAAACAAAAUCAUAAUGGAUUUCUAUUUUCGUGAAACAAGUGGAUCGUAAAAGGAAUAAAACGUGUUUAAAACA